UCUAUUGAAGAAGAACGUGAAAUCGGACGACAAGAGCGUUGUGUUGGUAUGGCCCAACUUCGUGCUUCUCAAUCUCAAGAGCAAAGAGAGGAAGCCUGUGAAACAGCUCGCUUGGCUAUGCGAAAUUGGCGAGCUAAUCGUACUGAUCAACAACUAGAUCAAGUUCGACACGCAAGAAGGAAUACAUCAGCUGUUGAUUUGAAUAGAGCAUCAUUUAGUUAUGAUUGCACUUAUGAUUACAGUUCGCAUGUAUCUGUACUUAUUGGUCCAAUGGAUGUUGUUUGUGGGCAUUGUAGUGCAUUGAAGUUUGUUGGAGAGUCGCUUGGAUUGUGUUGUCUUAAUGGCAAAGUAAAAUUGCCAAUAUUGACUCCCCCUCUUGAUCCAUUGCAAUCAUUGCUUUCUGGAGAAACGCAAGAAUCACGACAUUUUCUUGCUAAUACUCAAAAAUACAAUAGUUGUUUUCAAAUGACAUCAUUUGGGGCAAACAUAAUUCAAGAACAUGGAUUUAAUCCGACAUUCAAGGUAAUUAAUGAUAAAAUAAAUAUUUACUUUAUUUAAUGUAUUCUUGAAAAUGAUUUUAUGUUUUUAUUAUUAUUAGGUGCCUUAAUAAAAUUGUUGUCUCAAUUACAUAAACUUUGCUAUCUUUACAGAUUCAAGGUCAAAUUCACCAUCGAAUUGGAUCAUUGCUACCAGUUGUGGAUGGACAGUAUAACUUCCUACAAAUAUACUUUAUGGGUAAUAUUGAGGAGCAACUUGAUCGCCGACAUGAGAUCAACACAGCAACGAAAAGAACAAUUCUUUCAGAUCUUCAGUGUUUUCUUGAUGAACAUCAUGCUUUGAUCAGGCUCUUUAAGACUGCAUUGGAGCGCAUGCCAAGUGAUGAUUACAAAGUUGUGAUAAGAGCAGACAAACGACCAGCUGGAACACAUGAACGCAGAUUCAAUGCUCCAACGAUAGAUGAAGUUGCCAUCCUGGUUGUAGGUGAAAACAUGGAAACACACGAUAUUGCUCUUACACGUCGCGAUACAGGGCAUCUGCAAAAAAUAUAUGAAACACACCGAUCGUAUGAUGCACUGCAAUAUCCACUGAUGUUUUGGCAAGGAGAUGAUGGAUAUCAUUUCAAUAUCAAGAUGAUAAAUCCAUUAAAUGGUGAAGAGACGAACAAGAAGCUUUCUGCAAUGAAUUUUUAUGCAUACCGUUUGAUGAUUCGUCAAAAUGCAGAUAACUAUUUGUUGCGUUUUCGUCGGCUGUUUCAGCAGUAUUGCGUUGAUAUGUGUGUAAAAAUCGAAACAGAGCGUCUUAAUUUCAUUCGGUUGAAUCAAGCCAAACUGAGAUCAGAAGAGUAUAUCCAUUUGCGCGAUGCAAUUAGCACUGAUGGAGAUACAUCAAAUAUUGGUCGAUUGACUAUUCUGCCAGCGACAUACACAGGUAGUCCACGUCAUAUGCAUGAAUAUGCGCAAGAUGCGAUGACAUAUGUUCGUCAUUAUGGUAGACCAGAUUUGUUUAUUACCUUUACAUGUAAUCCAAAAUGGAUAGAAAUAGUUGAAAUGUUACUUCCUGGUCAAACAUCAAGUGAUCGGCACGACAUCACAGCACGUGUCUUUAGACAAAAGAUCCUGACUCUGAUGAACUUUAUUGUAAAUCAACGUGUCUUCGGGAAUACUCGAUGCUGGAUGUAUUCAAUUGAAUGGCAAAAACGUGGUUUGCCCCAUGCACACAUUCUGAUUUGGUUGUUAGAAAAAAUUCAACCAGACCAAGUUGAUGAUAUCAUAUGUGCUGAGAUCCCUGAUCCUGAAACAGAUCCAGACCUAGAUAAUGUUGUAAUCAAGAAUAUGAUUCAUGGUCCAUGUGGCGUUAUCAACCCUCAAUCACCGUGUAUGGUCAACAGUGCCUGUUCAAAACGGUAUCCACGAAAAUUAACGGCAGAGACUAUUACAGGCAAUGAUGGCUAUCCUCUAUAUCGGCGUCGGUCAAUCGAUGAUAAUGGUCGAACUAUCACAAUAAAAGUGAAAGGUAAUGAUUUUGUGGUUGACAACAGUUGGAUUGUUCCAUAUUCACCACUACUUUCCAAAACGUUUAAGACACAUUGCAACAUUGAGUAUUGCAAUUCAGUAAAAUCAAUCAAAUAUGUCUGCAAAUAUGUUACUAAAGGAAGUGAUAUGGCAGUUUUUGGAAUCCAAGCCUCCAACACCUACGAUGAAAUCAUGCGUUAUCAAGUUGGUCGAUAUGUAAACUGCAAUGAGGCAAUUUGGCGUAUAUUCUCAUUUCCUAUUCAUGAACGCCAUCCUACUGUUUUACAUUUGUCGGUUCAUCUUGAGAAUGGUCAGCGAGUGUAUUUCACCGAAUCAAAUGGCGGUGCGAAGUUCGCCAGGUCAGCUAGUACAAAAAUAAAUGUUCACUAUCACAAUAUACUUUCACCAACAAUAUUAAACUAGUCUUGUACAGACAAAAAUACUAGGUAAAAUAUAUUUGUGAAAAUAUAUUCUUGUCCUAUAUCAAGGACUUGGCAGGGCCUUCUUAAAGUUGUGUCAUUUUUUAAAUAUGUCCGUCUGUAUGAUAACUCUUACUGGAAAUAUC